AUGCCCAGAACGCGCCGCAACACAAUGUCCGCCGCCGCCGUCGCCCAGGCCCAAGCCCUCGUUCACGCCGCCGCCUCGCAGCGCGGCAUCAGCCCCGCCCUCGUCGACAUUGACACGGACGACGAGGUCGCUGUCGCUGUCGAUCCGGUCACCCACGCCGCCGGCUCGAUGGCGAGCACCAUCGCCGCGCCAGCCAGUGCCAGCCCCGAGGCGAGCGCCGCGCCUGCCGCCACCGAGGUGGUCGCGGUCGUCGCUGUGGUCGUCACUGCCGUCCCCGACGGUGCCGGCGCCAUCAAGAGCGAGGAAGACGAGGAGGACGAGCUUGCCGCCACCCCGACUGCCGUCAUCGAGCCCGUCGCCGAUGCCGACGACGUCGACACGCCCAAGGCCACGACCCGCGCCAAGACCCUCUCGCCAGCGCGCGAGCUCGCCCUCGAGGCCGCCGCCGACGACACGACGCACCGCGCGCACCCCAACCCUGACGAGAAGAUUGGCGAGGGCGUCGUCGUGCCUGGCGCCGCCGAUGGCGACGACAAGGGCGAGGGCGAGGCCGACGCCCACCACGUCGAGGCAGUCAACGUCAACGUCAGCGGCCACGGUACCGACACCGGAAAGGACAUCAAGGUCGAGGACGACGUCGAGAUCGAGGACGCCGUCACUCUGACGCCUGAGGCUGCGACUGACUACACCCCCGAGGAAGUGACUUCCGAGCCUGCGACCCCCGAGGAGCCCCAGGACGCCGACGCCCUCGAGGCUGAGCCCAUCAUCGAGGAGCCCACCAUCGAGCAGGCCACCAUCGAAGAGCCCACCACCGAGCGUACCGCCGAGCCCACCCACAACUCGGCUGCGCUCAUCACCUCGACGCCCACUGGCGAGUCGACUCCGGCCAUUAACUCGAUGCCGGCGCCGGCCAACGGCUCGGCGGCUACCACCGCCAACGGCACCGAGGCCAGCCCUACCAAGCGCAAGGCGGAGGCCACCCUCGACCGCGUGGUCAAGUACGGGCGCCGCACGGUCGACCGCCAGAUCACCGAGGAGGUCGAGGCGCGCAAGGCGCAGUUCGACGCGGAGAUCAAGGAGCUCCGCGCCAAGCUGGACAAGUGCACGAACGCGACCCUCGCUGCCAUGGGCCGCUGCGGGAACAUGUGUCUUACGUUCAAGGAGGUCGAUCGCCGCAAGCUGGAGAUCGACCAGUUCGUCGCCGAGAGCACGAAGAAGGUCGAGGACAUGACGGCCGAGAUCAACGAGCUUAUCCGCGAGCACGGCGAGGCGGCGAUCGCGUACCACACCGCCCGUAACGCCGAGACCAUGGCCGAGCACGAGAUCAACGUCGCCCAGUGGGCGUUCGACGAGGACAAGUUUGCCCUCGAGCAGCGCCGCUUUGCGGGGUACGAGGUCGCUUCGGAGGACGCGGUGCGCGAGUUUGCCGCUGAGCAGUGA